CAAAACCCAUGGCUUUUAUACAGACCCAGUUAUCGUCUGCUGAGUUUAUACGCUGCGUUUUACGAGAGGUGUUUGCGAACUGCUGACACCAGACUCCUCGUUCUUCACCAUCUCAAAUCUUGUUGAGUUCGAGAAAGGAUCACGAAUAAUGACGGAAAAAAAAGAUUCCAUUGGAAUAAAUGCAAUUCUUUUGGGGCCACCUGGCUCUGGUAAGGGAACUCAGGCCCCUCGCCUUAAGGAGAAGUACUGUGUUUGCCAUUUGGCCACUGGUGACAUGCUUCGUGCUGAAGUAGCUUCAGGCUCAGAGCUAGGCAAGACCUUGAAAAAGACUAUGGAUGAAGGGCUCCUUGUUAGUGAUGAGCUAGUUGUUAAUCUGAUAGAUGCAAACCUUUCAAAACCCGAGUGCAAAAAUGGUUUCCUCCUUGAUGGAUUUCCUCGAACAGUGGUCCAAGCAGAAAAGUUGGAUAAUCUUCUAGAAGAACGCAAGAAGAAGCUGGAUUCUGUAAUUGAAUUUGGAAUAGAUGAUAGCUUAUUGGUACGCCGGAUUUGUGGGCGAAUGAUCCACCCAGCAAGUGGUCGAAGUUACCACGAAGAAUUUCACCCACCUAAGGAACCAAUGACAGACGAUGUUACAGGGGAACCGUUGAUUCGUCGUUCAGACGAUAACGCAGAAACACUGACGAAACGCCUAAUGUCAUAUCACCAACAGACUUCUCCGUUGGUCAACUAUUACUCGAAAAAGGGAAUCCACACGAGAGUCGAUGCUUCAUUAUCGUCUUAUGAAGUCUUUAGAAAUAUUGAGAAAAUCUUCUCUGGUGCCAAGUCUAAAGACAAGGUCAUGUUCGUCUAGGACUAAAGCCUAAUCUCUACCAGGUGAAACAUCUUGCAGUUAAAAUUGACAAUUGAAAAACCUGAGUACACCUAUAGAAGUAGAGUGUAAUAAAUUUUUGAGUUUUGGGAGACUUAAAAUAAAUAUCAGGCUCACCUGUAA